CUGCAGAUUCCUGCGCUUAUAUCGGACAUCUCGGCGUAUUUGUCGGGGAGACACUGGCGCGUGUUUGAGGACUCGCAACACGCGCCUGUGGAAGAGAGAAUGAGAGAGAAAACGCACGCGGACAUGCUUGACCAGCUCGCAUUUCGCUGCGAGGUCCGCGACGACAUCCGCGCUCAUGAAGAAGUCUCGCAUCGACUGCGGCGCGUGUUACAUUCACUGAUCCUACCUGCGCGUUCGGAGACGUACCAUCAGCUCUUCCCUAUCAAGGAUGGGGCGUACGUCCAUGAGCACAUCGCUGAUGACAAGUUGGAGAUAGUGGUCGCCCAGCUGUCGCGUAGGUUGGUCUUAUUGCACGGGCGCGGUCGCACGGGCAGGCUUACUAUCGUCAGGCGCGCAUUGUCCAGCGGCUCGCGUGUGGGAUCGGGAUCCCGCAACGACCUGUGGGUGAACACGCGCAGGAGGGUGUCUCCGCUGAGCUGGGGCAGCCGGGGCAGGUCCGUG